CGGUCGCACGAGCUCUACUAGCGUGUGUCGUCGAAAUUAUUUCUUCGACAGAUCGACGAUUUGUUUGAGUUGCGGCAUGACGGGAACGGCCAGUCUGUAUUAAUUUCAUAGAAUUACUCCCUUCCGAUAGACGGCAGCUUGAAAAGCACGUUCCGAUUGCAGACCAAUACACCCUGGACAUUACAUCAAUACCCCUCGCAAAGCAUGAAGCUCGGUAGUUCUAUUUGCUCCACGACGAUGAUCUUGUCCGCGUUCGCGCUUUCCUCGACCAAAUUCAUGGCCUCGGCCUUUCAACAAGGCGUAUCACGUCGAAGCAUCGCGGCUUACAGACCGAGUCGCUUCGUAUCGCGGUUGGCCUCGACCACGGCAGAAGCACCCGCGGUCGAAGAACAAGAAGAUGUAGUCGGCGAGUCCUCGUCUUCUAUUUAUGUCCAAGAGGCCGAAGCCCUCGACGCACUGAAGUCCGACUUUUUGAAAACUAUGCGAGAUCGCGGAUUUCUUCACCAGUGCACCGGAAUCACCGAAUUGGAUGCCAAAUUCAUGGCAGAAGAGGGUGUUGUGACAGCCUAUUUGGGAUUUGACGCAACUGCCGACUCUCUUCAUGUUGGAAGCUUGUUGCAAAUCAUGAUUCUUCGACACCUGCAAAAAUCAGGCCAUCGCCCCAUCGUUCUGAUUGGUGGCGGGACAUCCAAGGUGGGCGAUCCGACCGGCAAAGACGAGAGUCGAAAGUUGCUGGACGACGAAGGCGUCGCGCGCAACACAGCCGGCAUUUCCAAGGUCUUCAAAACGUUUUUGGAUUUCGAAAAAGAGGGCAGCGACGACAACGCCCCGAACGCCGCCGUUAUGGUCAACAACAAUGAUUGGUUGGGAAAUCUCAACUAUUUGGAUUUUUUGCGUGAUUACGGAACUCAGUUCAGCAUCAAUCGCAUGCUUAGUUUUGAAUCCGUCAAGCAACGGCUCAGUCGAGAAGCCCCGUUUUCGUUUUUGGAGUUCAAUUAUAUGAUCUUGCAGGCCUAUGAUUUCUUGGAGCUGUUUCGACGAUACAAUGCAGUACUGCAGCUCGGCGGAAGUGACCAAUGGGGCAACAUGGUCAGCGGAACGGAACUCGGACGUCGAUGUGAUGGUGCGCAACUAUUUGCCCUGACGGCCCCCCUGAUCACGAAAUCUGACGGGACCAAGAUGGGAAAAACGGCCGGAGGAGCUAUUUGGUUAAACCAGGAUAAACUUUCAGAGUACGACUACUGGCAAUUCUGGAGAAAUACUUCCGACGAGGAUGUCAUCAAAUUUUUGAAAUUGUUUACCGAACUUCCUCUCGAAGAAAUCGCGAAAUUCGAAAAUCUAGAUGGUUCCGCCAUCAAUCAGGCCAAAAUUGUUUUGGCUGACGAAGCGACAGCAAUGCUCCACGGAAGGGAUUCCUUGGUAGAAAUCCAUAAGACAGUUGAAAAUAUGUUUAAGGGAGCGGGUGAGUCAACCGAAGGUCUGCCUCGAAUUUUCGUGGAAGCUUCCGAAUUGGAGGGAGAUGGCAAGCGAUUCGCGGACCUGUUUAUGGAGUUGGAACUGAGCAAGAGUAAGAAGGAAGCACGGCGAUUGAUCGCUGGUGGCGGUGCCAAAUUGAACGGUGAAAAGAUUGAGAACGAAAUGGGUUCACUAACUACGGGAGACUUUGAUGGCAAGACAGAAGUUGUGUUGAGAGCAGGAAAAAAACGUGCUGGUGUUGUCGAGCUGAAAUAAGUUAGAGAGUGAUCAAACGAUGGGUAUUGCAAACAUAUCCAAGUUUGAUCCUUGCUGCUUGAGGAUUCCUCAUAAUACACAAAGAGUUACGUAGGCAUAAAUAUGGUGUACUGAAUAAUUCACCUUGAAUACU